AGUCGUCUUGUUUUGCUCUUUAAUUUUAUUUUUGAUUGUGAGAAGCGGAACAAAGCAAAUGGCAUCCUAUUUGCGAUACUACUUUGGGGGCGGAUCGUCGUCGGCUGAAACACCCGGAUCGUCGGCUGAAACAGCCGCCAGCACCGCGGAUGUCGACGUGGCAUCGUCCGCCACUCAGCAUCAUCAUCACGACGGCGAGGACCAUGACGAGUCGGACCAUGAUCAGAAGCCCGUCCACGAGACGCCCGAGAUUGCCGCUGCCAGCAUCCUGGCGUUCAAGUGCGCGGUUGCUGACGCACGCGCUGCUGAAAUCGCCGCAUUAAGCUCCCGCAAGGCAACCAAGAAGGCAGCCAAGAAGGCAGCCAAGGCCGCAAAGAAGGCCGCCAAGCACCCGUCUGCUGCUUCGUCCGCCAAGACAAGUUCAGUAGCGGGGAAAAUCCCAACUUUGGCGGGCGAUGCAUCAACGCCGGCACUGGACGCCACCAGUGGUGCUGGUGCUGGUGCUGGAGGUGCUGGAGCGAAUGGCCAGAACACGGAGGACGCUGCUGGCUACGCAGAGGAUGCUGCCGCCGCCUCCGACUCUGAGGACGACGACGUGGACGAGCAGGAGGGUGAGAAAGACGAUGCGAAUCAAGAUCCGCACGCAGACGAUCCCUUCCUUCCGCUCCUUGAACACGACCUGGAUUGUCUAAUGUUCUUGAGGGCACGUAAACACAACCCUACGCGGGCGGUGGAGCUUUACAAGGGCUUUGUCGCGUACCGGCGCAAACACAGCUUCCCCGUCCGCGUUGACCGCUCGACCGGCCGCUUUGCAAAAAUCCCGCUGGACGAGCACAUCGAGCGCAAGCUGCGCGAGGAAUUGGUAGUAGUGCUACCGCAUGCUGACAAGGAUGGCCGGACAUUGAUCUACUACCGCCCCCGCAACAACAAUCCGUCCGAGUGGCAACUGUCCCUCAAGGCCAUUUGGUUUGUGCUCGAGCGCAUUGUCGAGCAGGAGCAAGUCCAGAUCUGUGGCAUGACCCUGCUGGGCGAUGGCGAGGGUGCUGGACUGGGCAACUUUAGCCGCGACUUGAUGAAGAAUCUCAUUGGCAGCUUCCAGGGCGCCUUCCCGAUGCGUGUCGGCCGUAUCAUUAUUGCCAACCAAGCUGCCUUCUUCCGAGUGGUCUGGCAACUCAUGUCGCUCUUCAUCAAACCCAAGCUGCUCAGCCGGAUUCUCGUUGUCGGCGGCAAUCACGACGCCGUCCUCGACUUUAUCGAUCACCAUGCGCUGCCCACCUCCGUGAGUGGUGGGCUGAGCACCUUCCAUUGGCACAAAUGGGUGGAUGGCCAUCUUGUAGCUUCCCCGGCCUCACCGCAGCCUUCAGCUUGA